AUGUGGGAUCCCGGCCCGGGUUUCUCAAAAGCCGCCCGGCGGCUACAUUGUUUUUGUUUGAUUUUGGCCCUCGGGUCUUUUGUCUGGGGCUACAACGUCGGCGUCCUCGCCUCAGUUCUUGCCCAUCCGGGAUUCAAGGACACGCUCGAGGAACUGGAUGCGCCGCAAAGCGGCCUCAUCACCGCCAUAUACUACCUCGGCUCGUGGCUAAGCUAUGUGUUCCUCGCGCAUCCGCUCGCCGACCGGUUUGGCCGCCGCUAUGCUGCUGUGGCGGGUAUGUCGGUGACAUGCAUCGGCCAGGCAUUGCAAGUUGGCGCCUCCAGGCCGUCGGCCUUCGCCAUGGUCAUUGCUGGUCGCAUCAUUGGCGGUUUGGGCUCCGCAAUCAUCUCGACAAGCGUCCCGCUCUACCAAAGUGAGGUGGCUCCGCCGAGACAACGCGGUAGACUCGUCGUCAUGAACCAUAUCGGCUUCGUCGCGGGCUUAGCAUCCGGUUUCUGGGUUGGCUAUGCUAUGACUUUCUGGAACGACGAGCGCGGCCAGUCUGCCGGAUGGCGCUGUUCCCUGGCCGUCUCGUUCAUCCCCGCCUUCUUCUUCCUCAUCGCCCUUCCGUUUAUGCAUGAAUCGCCUCGUUGGCUCGUAGAACAUGGCAAACCUGAGAAAGCUCUCAAGACGCUGCAGUUCUACCGUGAGGGUUACUACACACCCGAGGAGAUCAAAACCGAGCUUGCCGAGAUCGAGCGCUCCGUUGACACCUUUAAGGUCUCCGGCCUCACCUGGCUAUCGUUGCUUACCGACCGAAGCCUCUUCGCUCGCAUGUGGCGGGCGGCUGUUCUGCAAUUUAUGGCGCAAAUGUGCGGAGCCACGGCUAUGAAGUAUUACCUACCAACUCUCUUCAAAGCCUUGGGCCUGGGAUACCGUCUUUCUUUGCUCGCUGGCGGCAUCGAAAGCACCCUCAAGAUAGGAUGCACGGUGAUAGAGAUGCUCAUAAUCGACAAAGUCGGCCGGAGGCUUACCCUGGCCGCUGGUGCGGCAGUCAUGGCUUUCGCACUGAUGAUCAAUGGCGCUUUGCCGCUCGCGUACCCGAAUAACACGAACAGGGCAGCUGACUACAUCUGCAUCAUCUUCAUAUUCGUCUACUCGCUCGGCUACAGCUUGGGCUUUGGCCCCGCAGCCUGGGUGUAUGGCUCUGAGAUCUUCCCCACCGCCGUGCGUGCUCGGGGGCUCAGCCUGGCCGCUUCCGGCGGUGCUAUCGGUUCCAUUGUUGUCGCCCAGAUAUGGCCAGUGGGCAUCGCGAAUCUUGGGUCCAAGGUCUAUUUCUUCUUCAUGGCUGUCAACCUGGUGUGUGUGCCAAUCAUCUACCUGCUAUAUCCUGAGACCAAGGGACGCCCCCUGGAGGACAUGGAUGUGCUCUUUGGAGGGAGCCCGGGGAGCUCCGCUGAGAACCUUUUGGGCGAGCAAGGGGACCACGCACGGUCCCGGGUGUGA